AUGCAGGAUGCAGUAGCCGGGACGGCAAUGCUGACGGACGGCUUCGAGGACGAGAUUGACUCGGUGACUCCUCGCUCCCCAGUGGCAGGGAUGGGGGUAGGAGCGACACCAGGAGGAGUCGGACUAGGGGGCAUUGGGAUUGGUGUCGGUGGAAAGAAAGUGCGUUUGUACGGCGAACCAGGCGGGCCUGCAGCAGAAAGACUGGAUUUCAAACUAGCGGCCGCGGCCGUUCUCUCCUCGGGUCCAGGAUCCGGCAGCGACGAAGACGAGGUUUCAGAGGUGGAAUCAUUCAUUUUGGACCAGGAGGACCUGGAUAACCCCAUUAUGAAGACAGCGUCAGAGUUGCUUUUGUCCAGCGCCACAGAUGGAGUAGAUUUGAGGACUGUUGAUCCAGAGACACAGGCCCGACUUGAAGCUCUGCUGGAAGCUGCGGGCAUCGGUAAACUGUCCACUGCCGAUGGUAAAGCUUUUGCAGACCCCGAAGUGCUGCGCCGGCUGACGUCAUCAGUGAGCUGUGCCCUGGACGAGGCGGCAGCUGCCCUGACACGGAUGAGAGCCGAAAAUACACUCAACGCCGGCCAAGCCGACAAUUUGGUUAUUUUCAGCCGUAGUUUAGCGGAGGCGUGUUCAGACGGGGACGUCAACGCCGUGCGCAAACUGCUGGACGAGGGACGGAGCGUCAAUGAGCACACAGAAGAAGGGGAAAGCCUUCUGUGCCUCGCCUGCUCGGCUGGCUAUUACGAACUCGCGCAGGUUUUGUUGGCUAUGCAUGCAAAUGUGGAGGACCGGGGCAUCAAAGGGGACAUCACGCCACUCAUGGCUGCCGCCAGCGGAGGCUACGUUGACAUUGUCAAACUACUUCUAGUCCACGGGGCAGACGUUAACGCACAGUCCUCCACGGGCAACACGGCUCUGACAUACGCCUGCGCUGGAGGCUUUGUGGACGUGGUGAAGGUUCUGUUGAAAGAGGGUGCAAACAUCGAGGACCACAAUGAGAACGGACACACCCCCCUAAUGGAGGCGGCCAGUGCUGGCCACGUUGAGGUGGCCAGGGUGCUGUUGGAGUAUGGCGCCGGCAUCAACACACACUCCAAUGAGUUCAAGGAGAGUGCUCUAACACUUGCUUGCUACAAAGGUCACUUGGAUAUGGUGCGCUUUCUGUUGGAGGCUGGAGCCGACCAGGAACAUAAAACAGAUGAGAUGCACACGGCACUGAUGGAGGCCUGCAUGGACGGCCAUGUGGAGGUGGCGCGGCUGCUGUUGGACAGCGGUGCGCAGGUCAACAUGCCGGCCGACUCCUUUGAGUCGCCGCUCACGCUGGCAGCCUGCGGAGGACACGUGGAGCUGGCAGCCUUGCUCAUAGAGAGGGGUGCCAACUUGGAGGAGGUUAAUGAUGAGGGCUACACUCCCCUGAUGGAGGCGGCUAGAGAGGGCCAUGAGGAGAUGGUAGCACUGCUGCUGGCUCAAGGUGCCAACAUCAAUGCCCAGACAGAGGAGACCCAAGAGACAGCUCUAACUCUAGCAUGUUGCGGGGGCUUCUUGGAAGUGGCUGAUUUCCUCAUCAAGGCAGGAGCCGACAUCGAGUUAGGCUGCUCCACUCCUCUGAUGGAGGCAGCGCAGGAAGGCCAUCUAGAGCUGGUCAAAUACCUCCUGGCUGCAGGGGCAAAUGUCCAUGCCACCACAGCAACGGGUGACACAGCAUUGACAUAUGCGUGUGAGAACGGACACACCGAUGUGGCAGAUGUUCUCCUACAGGCCGGAGCCAACUUGGAGCACGAGUCUGAGGGGGGGCGGACGCCCCUGAUGAAAGCAGCAAGGGCCGGACAUCUCUGUACAGUGCAGUUUCUUAUCAGUAAAGGUGCUAAUGUAAACAGAGCUACUGCCAAUAACGAUCACACCGUGGUGUCCCUGGCCUGUGCUGGGGGGCACCUCGCCGUGGUGGAGCUGCUGUUGGCACACGGGGCCGAUCCAACGCACAGACUCAAAGAUGGCUCAACCAUGUUGAUAGAAGCUGCUAAAGGUGGCCACACUAAUGUGGUGUCUUACCUGUUGGAUUACCCCAACAACAUCCUGUCUGUCCCAGCCCCUGACCUCUCCCAGCUCACACCCCCAUCACAAGAUGCCUCUCAGGUUCCUCGUGUCCCAUUCCAAGCUCUGGCCAUGGUAGUGCCCCCCCAAGAGCCUGACAGAGCCCCAUCAAACAUCGCUACACCCCCACCUGUCUCCAGCAAAGGCAUGUCAAAGCAAAGGCAAGCAGCCCUACAACCCGGUGUCCCUAGCUCGGUUGGACGGGGGCCUGAGGCAGAGCCCCUGCCACCAUUCCACCUGUGCCAGCCUCUGGAGUGCAUCGUGGAGGAAACUGAGGGAAAGUUGAAUGAGCUGGGCCAGAGAAUUAGCGCCAUUGAGAAGGCUCAGCUACAGUCGCUAGAGCUCAUUCAGGGGGAGCCGCUCACCAAAGACAAAAUUGAGGAGCUGAAGAAGAGCAGAGAGGAGCAGGUGCAGAAGAAGAAGAAAAUUUUGAAGGAGCUGCAGAAGGUGGAGCGCCAACUGCAGCUGAAAACGCACCAACAGUUCACCAAAGAGUACAUGGAGGCAAAGGGCUUAAAGGAAGAGCAGGAGGCGGGGCAGAGCCAAGGUCCAGGUCCAGGGCCGGGGAGCACGACGACCCCUCCUCCAGGCCCUCUUCCCUCUGCACCUGGUGGUCAGGUACACACUGGCUCUGACACGGAUGAAGAGGCCAACAAAGACGGGGAGCAAGAGGAGCUUCCAGGAGAGGAAGGGGAUGAGGAGGAAGAGGAAGAUGACGAAGACGAGGCUUCAUAUGAGGAGGCAGACGGAGAGGAUGAUGAUUAUCUGAAACUUCCUCAAGUGGGCACCAUCCUCUACAGGGAUGGGCCGCAGCCGCCACAGCAGCCUCCUCUUCCUCCGUCGCCACAGACUCAGGCUCAGCCUCCCCCCCCUCCUCUUCAGACCGCCUUUGUCCCCAUCCAGCCCUUGCCCGACUACAACCCCGCAGACUACCCGGGCAGUGCCAGCCCAGAGCUGCAGAGGGUACUGGUGGGGCAGCAGAUGCUGGGGCAGCAGCAGGCUCAGGCUCAGCAGCUGGCCGGGUUAGGCCCAGGCAUGAUACCUCAGCAGGCUCCAGAUGGGCUCAUGGUGGCAACACCAGCACAGACACUCACGGAGACACUGGAUGACAUCAUGGCAGCUGUGAGCAGCCGUGUGCCCAUGCUGAACACUACAUCACCCACCCCCCUGUCCCAGCCGCCCACGCAGACCAACGGAAACAUCGCAUCUCCCCCUUCGGUCCUGCCCCUCUACCCCUCCGUCGACAUAGAUGCUCAUACGGAGAGUAAUCAUGACACGGCGUUGACGCUGGCGUGUGCAGGAGGACAUGAGGAGCUUGUGUCUGUCCUGAUUGCACGUGGAGCCAACAUUGAGCACAGGGAUAAGAAAGGAUUUACUCCUUUGAUCCUGGCUGCCACUGCUGGCCAUGUUGGAGUGGUUGAGGUGCUGCUUGACAAAGGGGGUGACAUUGAGGCUCAGUCAGAGAGAACCAAAGACACUCCCCUCUCCCUGGCCUGUUCUGGGGGGCGCCAGGAGGUUGUGGAGUUGCUGCUGCUAAGGGGAGCCAAUAAGGAACACCGCAAUGUUUCAGACUACACACCUCUUAGCCUGGCUGCUUCUGGGGGUUAUGUCAACAUCAUCAAAAUACUUCUCAAUGCCGGAGCUGAGAUCAACUCGAGGACUGGCAGUAAGCUGGGAAUCUCUCCUCUGAUGCUGGCAGCCAUGAAUGGCCACGUGCCAGCAGUGAAGCUGUUGUUGGAUAUGGGCUCAGACAUCAACGCCCAGAUCGAGACCAACAGGAACACAGCUCUGACCCUUGCCUGCUUUCAGGGGAGAGCUGAGGUGGUCAGUCUGCUGCUAGAUCGCAAGGCCAACGUGGAGCACCGUGCUAAGACUGGUCUUACUCCACUGAUGGAGGCUGCAUCAGGAGGAUAUGCAGAAGUGGGUCGAGUCCUUCUGGACAAAGGUGCUGAUGUCAAUGCUCCCCCUGUUCCUUCAUCCCGAGACACUGCCCUCACCAUCGCUGCCGACAAGGGCCACUACAAGUUUUGUGAGCUGCUCAUUAACAGGGGCGCUCAUAUUGACGUGCGUAAUAAGAAAGGGAACACUCCCCUUUGGCUGGCCGCAAAUGGUGGUCACUUUGAUGUGGUUCAGCUCCUGGUGCACGCCAGCGCGGAUGUGGAUGCUGCAGACAACCGCAAAAUUACUCCACUCAUGGCUGCUUUUCGCAAGGGUCACGUGAAGGUGGUGCAGUAUCUAGUGAAGGAGGUCAACCAGUUCCCCUCAGAUAUUGAAUGCAUGAGAUAUAUCGCCACCAUCGCUGACAAGGAGCUCUUGAAGAAGUGUCACCAGUGUAUGGAGACAAUUGUCAAAGCAAAAGACCAGCAGGCAGCUGAAGCCAACAAGAACGCUAGCAUCCUCCUGAAGGAGCUCGACUUGGAGAAGUCUCGGGAGGAGAGCAAGAAGCAGGCGCUGGCUGCCAAACGGGAGAAGCGGAAGGAGAAGCGCAAGAAGAAGAAGGAGGAGCAGAAGAGGAAGCUGGAGGAGGAGGAGGGGCAGAAAACCAAGGAGGAGUUGUCUGAUAUGCAGGAGCAGAAGGAGGAUUCAGCUGAAGAAACUGAAGUUCCUAUUGAACCUCCAAGCGCAACCACCACUACCACAAUCGGUAUAUCUGCCACCUCCACCACUUUCACUACCGCUUUUGGUAAGAAGCGAGGGAGCGUGGCCACUACCCCGAGCACCAAUCGUAAGAACAAAAAGAACAAGACCAAGGAUUCAGCACCCAGCGAACCCAUCAUCUUACAGGAUCCUCAGGUUGCACUUGCGCAGCAUAAGGCUGACAAGAAUAAGAUCCAUGGUGAGCCACGGGGUGGGGGUGGGGGAGUGACGGGCGGCAACAGUGAUUCCGACCCCUUGGACAGCACCGACUGUGCCACCCCCUCCUCAGGAGCAGCUCAGUCCCAGACACUCAUGCCCGGCCCAGAGAAGAGACACUGUCCUCAGCUGCAGACUGAGGGCAAAGUGGACAAUAAAGUCACAGUGUCCAUCUCCAAGCCAACGCAAAAAGCUCCAGAUACAAGCGACUCCACCUCCAACUCUCUGCCUUCUCCAUUCAAGACCAUGGCUCUUCCUGUCACCUCGCCCAACAGUAAGCUCAGCCUCACAAGUCCAAAGAGAGGCCAGAAAAGAGAAGAGGGUUGGAAAGAGGUUGUCAGGAGAUCAAAGAAACUAUCUGUGCCAGCCUCUGUGGUGUCUCGGAUCAUGGGCCGAGGUGGCUGCAACAUCACAGCCAUCCAAGACGUGACAGGAGCUCACAUUGACGUGGACAAACAGAAGGACAAGAACGGAGAGAGAAUGAUCACCAUCAGAGGAGGAACUGAAUCUACAAGAUAUGCAGUCCAGCUGAUCAAUGCCCUAAUCCAAGACCCAGCCAAAGAGCUUGAGGACCUGAUUCCCCGGAAUCACAUCAGAGCCCCAGGCUCUAAAGCGGCAUCGGCUUCCUUCUCCAGCAGCACGGGGGCCACCAGUGGUUCAACCGCCGGCCCAAAGGCUCUAAGCUCAUUGGUCACAUCUGCUGGUGUUUCGUUCCAACCCUCCUCAUCGACAUCCGCAUCCUCCUCCCAGGCUGGGGGAAAGAUCGGAAAGGGCCUGUCAUCAAAUGUCAGACAGCCUUUCCCUGUGUCUCUGCCCCUGGCAUAUGCUCACCCUCAGCUGGCUCUACUGGCGGCUCAGACCAUGCACCAGAUCCGACACCCUCGCCUGCCCAUGGCGCAGUUCGGUGGCACCUUCACACCGGCCGCCAGCACCUGGGGACCCUUUCCCGUGCGUCCCGUGAGUCCCGGCAGCGCCAACAGCUCUCCCAAACACAACGGAGGAACCAACAGCGCCGGGGCUCAGGCCAGGCCCAACUCCACCAGCGGUGAGCACGCCAGCACAGCCAGCUCAGGAACGCCAGUCUCAGCCACCAAGACCACCACCACCAGUGCGCCCCACACGUCCGCAGCUGCAGCCUCGCCUCAUACUCCCAAUCCCACUCCAUACAAUCCUCAGCCCAGCAUCCCGACGCCCUCCUCGGUCAGAAAGCAGCUCUUCGCUCCUGACCCCAAGCCCACGGGCGCCCCCCCUGUGACGGCCGCACCGGCCUCCAGUUGCCCCAGUGCUGGACGGGGUUCAGGCUCUCCCGCACAUCACAGUUCCACCACAUCCACGGCUAAUGCCUCUCAGCAGCCAAUCGGAUCCAUUUCCCAGCCUCCCAUGCAGCCGGCUAAAACGGAGCCCAGCGCCGCCGCCUCAUCUGGAAAAGACAAGCCAUCUCUGCCUGCAGAGAGCCAGCCCGUGUCUGUCAGUGAGAGCAUCAACUCUGCGGGGUUCUCUUCUUCUGCAAUGGCUCUAGCUUCCAAAGCAGAGCCACGACAGCAGUUAGCACCCGCUCCCUCCUCUGCACCAUCCACAGAGGCUCCUCCACCCCUCCCCAACCCGCAUUCCAAUUCCCACCUUGCCUCAGUACCUCCUCCAGUUCUCUCCCACAAUGUUGCACACCCGAACAACACCGUUCCUCACUUCUCAGCCCCCGCACCCAGAGUCUCCCAUCGUAUGCAGCAACCAGGGCCUUACUAUUCCCUUCCCGAGCAGCAGCAGCAACAGCAGUCUGUGUUUGUACCCUUCAGUGGUCAGCAGGAACCCCCAAAACAGACCCAGAACCCGACAUCCCAGGCGGCAGGUCUGCCCCCACAAGCCCAAGCUCCCGGCUCUAUUCAGGUCUCUGCAAAUCUGGGAAUAAUGAAUGGCUCUCAGAUGCAGCACGUCGCCAGCGCAGGCAAGCCUCAGCAGCUGCCGCCUAACUACGGUCCUGCAGGUCUCUUCAAUUUCAGCAGCAUCUUUGACAACAACAGCCAGGUGGGAAACAGUCAGGUGUGGGGUGCAUGCCACUUACCUGCUCGAUCACCCCCGGAGCAGUCCUACUCGGCCCCCCCAGCCUACAUGAGCAUUGGCCAGAUUGAGAAUAUGAUGCCCCCACCUCCACCCGACAGCUCCAAAGCCCCCGGCUACCGUUCUGCCCCUCAGAGGAUGGUGAACAGCCCCAUUGCUUUGACCAGCUAUGCCACCAGUAUCUCUGGCAGUCCCGUGUAUCUGCACGGUCAUGCUGGUGUUGGGACGCCCUCAUUCAAUCGACAGCACUUUUCCCCUCACCCAUGGAGUGCAUCCACUUCCGGCGAGUCUCCAGUUCCACCUCCCCCCACGGUGUCAUCCUCUGCCCUGUCCACCUCAGCCGUAGCCCCUCCUCCCCAGCCAAAGCCAAGCAACACUUCGCAGCAGGACCGGAAGGUUCCCCCGCCCAUUGGCACAGAGCGGUUGGCCAGGAUCAGGCAGACAGGUUCAGUAAACCCGCCUCUCCUCACGACCAGCUACACGGCCUCUGUCGGACAGGGGGGCAUCUGGUCUUUCGGAGUUGGCAGUGCCUCAGAGGCCAUGUCUGGUUGGUCCCAGCCCCUGAUGGGCGGCCACAUGAUGCAUCCUCAGCUGCAGGCCGAGCAGUCCGCCUUUUCUCAGCACCAGCCCAUGGAGCAGGACGACACAGGCAUUGCGAACCCCGCUAACAGCUACCACCAGCCUCAGCAUUUGCCCAACAGCUACAUGGACUUCCAGAAGGGGAUGCCCAUGUCAGUGUAUGGAGGAACCAUGCUGACCCCUCAUCCACCCAUGGCUGAGGGCCCGGGGGGUCCAGUGUACAAUGGUUUGCACACAGGUGACCCUGCAUGGAACCCCAUCAUUAAAGUGGUCCCAAACAAUGCAGACAACUCUGACCCACAACAGCAGGUGUGGCCUGGCACCUGGGCACCUCAUGUGGGCAACGUGCACCUGAACCACGUCAACUAGAUGGUGUCCACAGCAAUGAAAAACACACACAGCAUGACCCACAGCGCAAACAUGUAAUACCAACCGAGGAAUAUGACCGAAUGAGAUGGAAAAAAAAAAAAAAAAAAAGAACUCCAUGUUAACUUUAGUAGAGACCUGAAAGUGCAGAGCAGAGGUUAAAGAAUUGGAAGUUCUUAAUGACGCCAUUCUUUGAUGUGCCUAUCUCAAACAAUGAAAGAGGAAAUUGAGCUAAAGCCGUUCUCCUAAUGUGUCCUGAUGAUGCAUACAAACAUGCGCGGUCACCUGUUCAACAGGAUCCAUUCUCUGCGUAGUUUAGCGAUUUUGACUUAAACCCACAUACACCGUUCUUGGGCUGCAGGGGGCUCAACAUGAAGUAGCUAUUUAAACUUGGCCCAGAACUAGAUGAUGAUGAUGAUUACCUAAAGAGAAAGAGAAAUCAGAACCUUUUAGAGUGGUAAAUACAUGUAUAAUUGUUUACAUACUAAAAAGGGUUAAAAUGAGAGUAAAUUUCAUGUCGUAUAGUGGCUCUACUUUACGUAGCCUGUAUUAAUGUGAAAUAUUUACCUUAAUAUUCAAUAAAAAGAUUGAAAAAUA